GUUGUUUUGUUUUGUGUGUUCUGCUUUUCGCCAUGAUCUCCGUGAUCAUGCCGUGCCGCAACGGCAUGCCGUUCCUGCCGUGGGCCCUGGACGACUUGGCUUCCAGCAGCGUCGCCCUGGAGGUCCUCGUCUGUGACGACGGCAGCUCUGACGGCUCCGCAGAGUGGCUGCAGAGGCUGCACACGGCACUGGAGGCGCCCGACGUGCCCGACGCGCCCGACGCGCCCAGCGCGCCUGACGCACCCGGCGCGCCCGACGCGCCUGACGGGGAGAGCUGGGACCCGGCGUGCGGCCUGAGCUCGGACACGCCAUGGGUGCAGCAGGAGCCAUGGCCCGGAGAAGAUGCAGCUCCCAGCCCCGCAGUGGUGUCGAGGAAGAUGUGCGCUGCCGGCCAUCGCUUGGUGCUUCUGAACAGCGGAGGCAGAGGCCAAGGUGCAGCUCAGAAUGCUUGCCUUCAGGCCGCCUCUGCUCCGCUUGUCGGUCUCAUGGACGCAGACGACCGGGGAGAUCCCGAACGCUUCCAGAAGCUGUUGGAUGCACUCAAAGACCACCGUGACUGGAUAGGCGCUUGCAGCCAAGUGCGCAUCUUCGGGACAGUUUCGGAGGGCAUGGCGAGAUAUGUGCAGUGGCAGAACAGCCUUCUGCAGCCCGAGGAGCUGAUGCAGAGCCGUUUCGUGGAGAUCCCGGCCCUGCACCAGUCUGGAUUGUAUCCUAGGUCUUUGCUGCUGGAGACGCUGCAGGGCUACCGCGAUCUGCCCGGCUGGCCCAUCGACAUCGACACCUGGAUGCGGCUAGCGGAGGCAGGAGCUCGCAUCGGCAAGGUCCCGAUGCAGCUCUACGGCUGGCGCCAGCACACACUCCAAAGCACCAGGAACCAUGGCCGGUGCGGAAUUGACCGGCUGCGCAAUUGCAAAGCGCACUUCCUGCUCCGCAGCUUGCCGAAGAUUCGUCGCCUAGAGAUUUGGAGCACGGGCGAGACCCUCGCGCGCUGGAGGGAGGCUUUGCAGUCCCAGAUGCCAAAGGAGGCACGCAUGGAGCUGGCUUUGCUUGACUGGCGGCCAAAGGGCCGGAGCCGUGGAGGAGCUCGCAGAAAGGAGGGCGAGGGCGGCGGCGGCGGCGGCGGCGGCGGCGCGGCUGCUUAUGCUACCGUGAAGACAGAGGUGGAGUUGGCUGCUGAGAUGGAUGGAGACGGCGAGGCAACCAGCCAAGGGCAGGCGGUCAUCCAUGAAGCUAUACCCUGCUCUUCACCUCCACCUCCACUGGACAGGUCCCAUGAGUCUGUUGCCCGGGCCAGCAGUCUUCGUCUUUGGAAGUGAGAAGCUGCGGGCGAAGGCCAAAAUGUCCAGCGAAGCGUCUAGCGAAGCGCCCGGUCGAUGGGGCCGACUGGAUUGGCCCGCGGCAUGAACAAAGG